AAUAAUACUUGACUAUCCAAUAUCACAAAGAGAGAACAAACCUCCUAAACACCGCCAAAGCUAAAAAAAUUGUAGCAAGACCAGAGAAAUUAUUGGAAACAAGUGUUGAAGUGGGUGCUAGAACGGAAUAGCAGAUGGCAAAAAAUGAAACAAACACAGAGAGAACCAGAAGCUGAAUCAGAAGCUUGAAGUCGGAAAAACAAAGGAGCCGUUGCUGGAAACCCGGGAUGAAGCAGCAGUCGUGCGCGAACCAAAAAACCGCUCCGAGUGGGCGCGAUGGAACUAGACACUGACGCGAAGGAGCCGGAAGAGCAGCGCGAACCGGAGGCGCUGAGUGUGUGCGACGGAACCUAAAAAUGCGCUGGGUGUGCGCGACAGGACCAGACACCGUGCGCGAAGAGACUAGAGGGGCAGGGCAAACCAGAGUAGCCGGGUUUGUGCGAUGGGACCAGAGGGUCAGGUCAGGUUGCGCGAACCAGAGUGGGGAGCAGCAGAAACUAGAGGUCGUGCGUGAGGAAGCAGCACGAACAGCCUGGUGCGACCGGAGCAGAUGGAUCAGGUAGGUCGGAGAUGAUCACCGGGAUAGGGUGGCAGGCCGCCGGUGAGGCUGGGACUCCAUUUGAGUGGAACGGAAACCAAGCAGCAUGGAUGCUAUAGAUAUACAUAAUCGUGCUCGGGUUGAAGUAUCAAAUCUGAAGGAUGAAAGAAGUGAUUUUGAUUUAGGGACGACCAAGAAGAAAGAAAGUCAGAAAUUUCAAAAGGAUCGACAUCAAAACUCCAAAAAUACAGGGGAAGAAUAUGGGAAAAACAGAACUUCAAUCGCUCCCAGCACAAGAGGCAGUAAUUUGAAUAUGUUGGAUAAAGGUGGUUCUCCAACUAGUGAGUCAAGCCUUACAUCUUCUCCUGUUGUAGGUCCAGCUCCACUUUGUCGGCAAUUCUGGAACGCGGGAAACUAUAAAUUGUUUCAGGAUCAGAGUAAAAAAUUUUCAUAUCUAAAAAGGGGAAGUAGUUAUUUGCAUGUGCACCCUAUGUUCCUUCACUCCAACGCCACAUCUCAUAAAUGGGUCUUCGGUGCUUUUGCAGAGCUACUUGACAAUGCUAUUGAUGAGCAGAUAGAAAAUGGUGCUACUUUUGUUAGUGUGGACAGAAUCUUCAAUCCUAGGGAUGGGAGUCAUGCUUUGGUAAUCCAAGAUGAUGGUGGUGGGAUGGACCCAAAUGCUAUAAGGCAUUGUAUGAGCUUUGGGUUUUCAGACAAACAAAAGGAGCAUGCCAUUGGAAAGUAUGGAAAUGGCUUCAAGACUGGCUCUAUGAGACUUGGGGCAGAUGUUAUUGUCUUCAGCCGUCACUCUAAAACUAGGAUGCUGACUCAAAGUGUUGGACUCCUCUCUUAUACAUUUUUGAGACAACUGGACUACGACAGAAUAGUUUUACCUGCAGUGGACUUUAAAUUUAGCUCAUCAACUGGAGCAUUUAUACCAAUUCGGGAUCAUGGUGAAGAACAUUUUUCUUCUAAUCUGUUUAUGCUGUUGAAGUGGUCCCCUUUCGCAACUGAAGAACAAAUGUUAAAACAAUUUGAUGAUAUAGGACCUCAUGGAACGAAAAUCAUAAUUUACAAUCUUUGGAUGAAUGACAACGGGGAGAUGGAAUUAGAUUUUGAUUCUGAUCCUGAGGAUAUUCAUAUUACUGGUGAUCCAAGGCUGCUAGUUUCUCAGAGAAUUGACCAGCACAUAGCUAACCGAUACCAAUAUUCUCUUCGUGCAUAUUUGUCCAUCUUGUAUCUGCGGCUACCCACGCAUUUUAGUAUUAUAUUGCGGGGACAACUUAUUCAGCAUCAUAAUAUUGCGGAUGAUCUUAAGCUUCACGAAUUCAUCUUGUAUGAACCUCAGGCUAGUGGAACUGAAGAGGCUAAAGUUGUCACUACCAUUGGGUUUUUGAAGGAAGCUCCUCAUGUAAAUAUUCAUGGUUUUUGUAUCUACCAUCAGAAUCGGCUUAUAUUGCCAUUUUGGCCUGCAGUUAAAAAUGCGUCAGGCAGUCAGGGAAGAGGGGUUGUUGGCGUUCUGGAAGCAAACUUUAUUCAGCCUACUCAUAACAAGCAAGAUUUUGAAAGGACUUCUCUUUUCCAAAAGCUUGAAACUCGAUUAAAGCAGAUGACAGCAGAAUUUUGGAAGCUUUAUUGUGGACAGAUUGGUUAUCAACCGGUGGUUAAAGUAUCUCCCAGGGUAGCACAUUCUACAGAGCCACUUUCUUUAAAUCUUGCAAGACCUGUACCAGACCCUGGGCUAACUACCCCUGUUCUCUCUGGAAGGAAGAGAAGAUCUCCUGAUUCACACUCAAAUAAUCUCCACCAAGGAUUCGAUGGGAAGAUGCAGCACGAUUCUCAAGUGCAAGUAGAACAUGCAGGAACAGAAUCCUGUUCAACUGGUUCGGGGAAGCAUGAGAAGGAACAGCCUAACGAUAUCGUCAAGAACCAGUCACAUGAUCAAGAGAGGAUUAAUCAUCUGUUGCAAGCAAGAAAGGAGCUCCAGUCGCAGAUAUUGGGAUGGGAGAGGCAGGAGCCAGAGCUUAACUUGAAGGUGCAGCAACUUCGUCACGAACUAGAGGAAGUUCGAAGACUAUAUGAGACUUUGAUGGCUGAAUCAGAAGCCAUGGUCAGUGUCAAGGAGGAGAGGGGCCUGUAAAUGGGGUGUAAGUAGUGAUAUAUUUUAUAGGUAUAGAUCAGGAAGGUGCCAUUUAAAGAUUUAGAUAGUCAAUGAAGUCUUUCGGAAUAGAUAUAAAACAAACAGGGAAAGAGAAUACCACCAGUGUUAUAUCAUAGCCAAUGAGGUGAAAAACCCAAGUGUUUAUAGGUCAUAGAAGUCAUAGUUUGUUUUCUUGGAUGAAUGUAAUUAACAGGAAAAAGGAUUUGGAUGAAAGUGCCUUUGGAUCAGUAUGGCAUUUCGUAAUUUUCUAAAGGAGGGGUAUAUAUAUAUAGCUCAAGGAUAAAGGUAUAUUUUCCCA